CCCAUUCUCUCAGUCACAACUCUCCUCGAUGGCUUGGAGAGGCAUACUGGGUUUCGAUUACGGCAUAGUUCAGGCUCCCUUGGGCCCAGAUAUCUCUGGUCCCCAUCUUGUUGCCGCCGUCGCCAACGCCCGUGCUCUCGGGUUUCUCAGAGCCCCUGAUUGGGAAUCGCCAGAUUACUUGAGGGAGCUCAUAAGGAAGACUAGGACCUUGACUGACAAACCGUUUGGGGUUGGUCUUGUUCUGGCAUUUCCCCAUGAGGAGAACUUAAAGGUCAUUUUGGAAGAAAAAGUGGCAGUCUUACAAGUUUAUUGGGGUGAGUGUUCAAGGGACUUGGUGAAUAAGGCUCAUUCAGCUGGGGUCAAGAUUGUUCCCCAGGUUGGGAGUGUAGCAGAAGCAAAAAAAGCAAUCGAUGCAGGUGCGGAUGGAAUAAUUGUACAAGGCCGCGAAGCUGGUGGUCAUGUCAUUGGUCAGGAAGCUUUAAUAGCAUUGGUGCCCAGGGUGGUUGAUCUUGUUGGAGACAGAGACAUACCUGUUAUUGCAGCCGGAGGAAUAGUUGAUGCAAGAGGUUAUGUUGCUGCUCUGGCACUUGGUGCCCAAGGCAUCUGUUUAGGAACUAGGUUUGUUGCAACAAAGGAAAGCCAUGCUCACCCUACGUACAAGAGGAAGUUGGUUGAGCUUGAUGAAACUGAGUACACAGACGUAUUUGGCCGGGCCAGAUGGCCAGGCGCGCCUCAGCGUGUGCUGGUGACACCCUUCUUCUGUGAUUGGAGAUCGCUUCCCCCCCAUGAAAAUGAAGCCAAUCAGCCUGUCAUUGGUUAUUCAAAGAUUAAUGGCUUGGAGAAAGAGAUUCGGCGAUUUGCUGGAACAGUGCCAAACAUGUCAACUAGAGGGGACCUGGAGAGCAUGGCGAUGUAUGCAGGGCAAGGUGUUGGUCUGAUAAAGGAAAUUCUGCCUGCUGCUGAAGUGGUUAAGAGGUUGGUGGAAGGUGCACAGCUUCUGAUCCAACGUAACUUUCAAUAGGCAGCCAAGUAGUAAUGGUGCCGGUUUGGUUACUGCGUUUGAGCUUCUGAAAGUCCUUUUGCACGAAAGUGUUGAUAACUUUUGUGAAAAGCAAGAUUUGAUAGUUUUUGAAGAGAGUCUUUUUAGAAUGUUGUCCAAUCACCUUAUAAGGUAGUGACAUGCAAGUUCUUCUAAAGGUGAGCGGUUAAGGGUUCGAUUUCACUUGCAAUUUCAUGAAUUUAGAGUCUGUCAGAAUGUUAUUCAAGCACGAUAGUUGGCCCAUUCUGAGUAUUAUGGUGAUCCUUCACCAAUUUUUUCGA